AUGUCGUCCGCCAGCCAUCAAGCGAUGUCCCGCCAUCGCAAUGCAUCCAUGAGCUCGGCAGGGCGCUCGUCAAGAAAGGCAGAAAUGGCAGCCGCCCCUAAAGACUUCUCAUCACCGAAUGCGCUGAUGCGCUACUUUGAGCCUACGGCCGCCACCGCCUCCAUGUUCCUAUAUGGACAGGGCAAUUCUGUGGUGGUUGCGCACCACGACAGUCUCACCAUCGAGAGAAGAUUCUCCCGGCAUUCCUCCGAAGUCCAGCUGCUGGCUGUGGACACACAAAGCGAUGUUGGCGCCGGCAGGCUAGUCGUCAGUUACGAUGCUGAGAUGACGGCCAUUGUCUGGGAUCUCAUGACUGGCGAUGAGGUCGCUCGGUUCGCGUCAUAUGAGACUUUGACAUGCGCCGCUUGGAUGCGGAAUGGCAAUGUCGCUUUCGGCAACACGCAGGGAAAUGUCAUUCUCUUCGAGCCAACCACGUCGGAACACAUCUCGGCCCGCACAAUAGAUCAGAUUGCCAUAACGGCUUUGGCACCAGCGGCGGACUGCAGAACUUUUGCUAUUGGCUACCAAAAUGGCUCUCUGUUGAUCGCUACAUUACAGCCUCGCUUCACAAUAUUGCACAACCUGAGCACAAACCGCGCGCCAUCGCCCAUAGUUACACUAUCUUGGCACGCAUCAUCGUCCAGACAGAAGGCAGAUAUGUUGGCUGUCCAGACUAAUGAUGGCGACCUGAGAGUGUGGAGCGUUUCCAAAUCUUAUAACAGUGAUGAUCCCGCAAAGAUCGUGCGCAUCCUAAAAAAGGCGGACGUCUACCAAGAUGGUCCCAACUGGAUGGGAUGGUCGAAGAACGGCCGCAUCAUCCAGUUUUCAAACAACGAAACCCUUUCAUGGGACGUUCGUACGAAGCACGUCACCCAUGACAACGUGCCCACGCUUGAUCAUGUUCGCGGGCUUGCGGUCUAUGGACCUGGCGCAACAUUAUUCACUCUUGGUGCCAACAACACUGUGCAGCAGUUUGAUCUGAAUAUGCCAUCGCUGAUGGUCAACAACGUACAGCACCCAGCAAACUUACUGCCGCCAUCCCCGCCAGUCUCGAUUGAGGAACAGAAUGAGCAGGGCGUCGUCCUCAUAGGAACCGAGUCUGACUCUGGUGCGUCAGUGCCCAUGGACACGAUUGUCUCAGAGAGCGACGAAGACCAUAUGUCGCCACUUGCCAGGAUCGCUCGGCACGCCGAACCUGCCUACGACCGCUACGAGCAAGACUACUAUGGCCACGACAGCUAUGCUCCGUCAAUGUCGAGCCGCAGUGCUGCGUCUUCCACCAUCUCAAAGUCUUCGGUGAACUCGGGGACUCGGGGCCGUCGUGCACCAUCCGUGGUCUCCCGGGGGAUGACUGAGAACACCUACAUCUCUGCUGGGUCUUCCUUGAGAUCAUCCGCUCAACCGCCGUACGGGGACAAGGACGCCUACUCGAUCAGCAGUAUCGGCUCAGCUUCCAUGACUUCUUCGACCCGCUCUUCCCGUCAUAAGCCCUCCAGACUCAGAAAUGAACUCCCACGCAGCCCCGAGGACAAUAAAGUCCAGGACCUGUUCAAGUUCACCAGGAGCAGGCUGCAUGACAUCCCUUACAAGAGAACUGCCAACACUGACCAUAGCCGAUUGACCAAUGACGAUCUCCGCCGUCAGAUGCUGAGCAUAAUCUUUGGGUGGAAUAAAGAGGCCGACGAUCUUGUGAGAGACGAACUGUCACGGCAUCCGACAGGCUCCCCUAGCCGGAUCCUGCUAUCAAAGUGGCUUGGGGAUAUCGACUCGGAUGUGAUGACUGCGACCUCUGAGAACAUGACUUCGUCAGACUGGAUGUUGUUGGCCCUCAGCGGCAUCGGAGGGCAAGCGUCGCAGCACAAGCUCGGUCGCGCCUACGUGCAAAGACUCCUGGAGAAUGGCGACCUACAUGCUGCGGCUACCAUUAUGCUUGGAAUGGGCGACCAUAACGAUGCGAUUGAGAUUUAUGUGUCCCACAAGAAGUACAUGGAGGCGCUCAUUCUCUUGUGCCUGUUCUUCCCGAACGUGUGGGAAAGACAAGCUCAAGUUAUCAAGAAAUGGGGUGAAUUUGCGGUUCAGCAUGGCCAGCAACAAUUGGCCAUCCGUUGCUUUGCUUGUUGUGGACAAGAGUCCUCAGAGCCUUGGGCCUCGCCAUCGGCGGCUCAAGUCACGUUUCAGAGCAUGCACCCAAGCAUCCCAGAGAUCUUGAGCCCGCCACUGUCGCCGCCUGGGACAAACUUUGGUCCGCAGCGCAGCAUCGCCAAGACCUCGGCGCUGAAACUCAUCACCUCGUUUGGGGAUCAAAACAAGAAGUCAAAGUUCUUUGCCGGUGAUGAUGGCCAGACCCCAAUCGCCGUUGGCAUGACACCAAUAAUCGAGUCCGCCACGACGCCUGGCGCUCGCGAUCCUGCCACCGCUCUCAUCCGGCCUUCAGAACGCAGUGCGUUCAACACUCCUUCCACAGCACUCCCGCCCACUGGCUUCGGACGCAAGCGUUUGCCUUCAAUCGGGGAGCUUCCAAACCCCUUACCAGCCAUCAUGGACAAAUCUCGUGACUUUCUCGUUCCCAAGCCCGGAGCCGAAGAAGCAAGCACGAGUCAACGCCCGGGCCACGCUCGUCGUGCGUCGACAGAAGAACCCUACAAUGCAGGCGUUUCGCUUGCCAGAGCCGCGACUGCCAGUCCGAUGAUGAUGCGCGAUACCCGCCAUCCGAAGGACGCCCCCAUGCCGUCUCCUUCCCCAGAAUCUUUCCAGGCGUUGCUUGCCAAAGGCCGUAACAGCAGGAAUGGAGCACGCGAGAGGAAGCCCGAGGGGAUGGAGCUACAGCUCAACUCGCUCGAUGCAGCACAGAGCGAAAUUACAUCACCUGAACAGACUGGUGCUUCUGCUCGUUUCCACUGGCCGACUCGCCGUCGUGGGCCCAGCUCGGUCGCUGGUUCUGUGGCGAGCUCUGUGACCUCACAGUCUAGCGCUGGUGGUCGCAGCUACCGGAGCAACGCGACAGGGCGUAGCCGGCAUGAGUAUAUCUCGAGUCUCGAUACAGCCAACGCCUACAAGAAGGCACGCAGCCGGGAGCGGAGCAGGACACGACAGGACGAUCGUGGAACUCGGAGCCGGGAUAACAGCCGCACACGCCGUCCAGCACUGCCAGACAUGUACGAUGAUCGUGGUCGGUCUGCUGUUGCACGACAACGCACACCUAAGCCGGGCAAGCAAUCUCCAACAUCUCCCAUUCCCAUGUCGCCCGAGGACCUGAUCAACUUGAGCACGCCCAAGAUGUACGACACUGGCCUGGAUGAUGAGGCUGUCGCCCACAUGGAUCUUGACCCUCCGACUGCUCGCAAGUCGAGUGUGAUCAGAAGAUCGUCGCCAAAGUCACGCAUGUCGAGCCGUGCCUCAAGCGGACGUCGUGCUAGCCCAGAGCGGAGGCCUCCGGCACUCGAUCUCCGUGGUCGCAGCAACAUCCACGGCAUGUCGGACCAGCGAUCGCCAUCGUCACCAGUCCCUCUCUCAGCACCCCAUGUGUAUGGAUCUGACGACGAGGAAGACUAUCGCGCGGCACUCGAGGCUCAAGAGGCGUUCAGGAAUAGGCACAACCGAAGUGCGAGUAUCCGUGAUCCCCAGUCCCCAGCCGUCGGGCGACAUGGCGACAGGUCUGAAAGCCAGAGGAGAAUCAAGACACCCGCACUACCUGAUGCGUCUAUGCCUCAGAGGCAACGUAGCGUGUCUCGUACUGGUGAUCUCAAGGCCAUCAUGAACGAGAGACAGCUCAAAAAGGAAGCCGCAGCACGAGAGCUUGAAGAGCGACGCAAGUCCCUCGCGCGCCGCCCAUCAGCCCCCCCAAUCCCUCUGCCUGACCAUCUUUCCCCCAUCCUGGAUCGCGCUCCCAGCGCUUUUGAGCUGCCGCAGACCACGUACAGAGACCCCAUUGUCCGCAGUCACACGGCGGAUCCGACGCGCAGCUCAUAUGCUCGAAGCGGAAACCGACCGACCAUCGGACUGCCAGCAACACCGAAGGCGAUGCGUCUCAAAUUCGAUAACGCUCCUGGCGACGUCCCCAAGGUACCGUCCAUUCCCGCCUCAGCCCGCACAUCGCCUGGGUCUUCUGGUCAGCGAUCACCCGAACGCGUCAGUGCCUCCCCAGACAAGUCGGUGGCUCCUCUCACACUUUUGCCAUCAACCGUAUACUCGCCACCUCCGCGUCCCUUCAUUGAGAGGUGCAUGUCGGCACCUAUUCCUGAGGAGCCCAUGAACAGUCGUCGGCAGAGAGGCGGCUCCAUGUCACGCAAGAUGAGCACCGACGCCAACGCCCAAGGACUGCGUGCCAUCGACGAGCUCGUGAUCGGCUCCAAGCAUGCAAGGAGGGCUUCGCGCGAUGACCAGAUCCCGCCUCCGCCGCCACCACCGCCUGCACCUCCUGUCCUCCAUGAACUGCAACACUUGGCUAUCCCUCCGCCGCCGCCACCUGCUCCGCUGCAGGGCCUCAAGCCCACAGUGUACGGCGGUACUACCAGUGCAGGCACGAUUGAGAUUGUCAUGGACGAGGAUGAGAAGCCUCAAAUCCCCACUGCUGCCCCCAUCAGCGACGCCACCGUGCCCAUUAUUGCGCCUCCGGCUCCCCCGUCGUCGAGGAAUGGACACAGACGUGGACGCAGCAUCACCGAGACCGGAAGCAGUCUCGCCGGUCGGUUCUCUCGUGCGACUGAACGCAUGAGAUCAGCGAGCCGUGGCCGCAAUGAGUCGAUCCUAAGUCGGCAGAAAUCCCCCGAUGCCACCACAUCACCAUAUGAGAGCAUUCCAGCCGCGCCCCCCAUUAGCUUCAACGCUCAGGCAGUUGCCGCUGCCCAGCAGUAUCAGCUGCAACUGCAGCAGCAGCAUGUUGAGCGCCACCCUCGCGAGGUCCGGGCAAACUACCACAAGCAACAAGGCUCUGGCACAGGACUUCUCGAGAGCGAGAUGAUCUAG